AUGCCACUAAAACUUAAGAUUUCCGUCGAAGAGGAGCUUGAGGCGUUUAAGUCAAUUCACAUCCAGACAAAGUCAAGCGAGUUAUUAGACGAAAAGCCGCUGGAGAAAAAUGACAACGGUACAGCUCCAGCUACGGUAAUUGAGGAAAGGAUCAGUAUCCUUAUACCAAAUCUUUUAUUAACAGAUCUGCAGAUUCUGCCAGACGAGCCUCUCGGACUCCAUCCAACACCAGAGUCUCGGGUCGGGAAGUACCUUAUGCGUUCUUUGGAAAUAAAGGGAAUUCUGGGAACGGGAGCAUACGGAAUCGUUUACUCGGCGAUGGACCAUUCUCAUCAGACUUGGUAUGCUCUCAAAGCACUCAGCAAAAAACGCAUAAAUGGAGCGCCAUUGGACAGGAGGCAACGAGAAUUCCAAAGUCGGGAGAUUCAACUUCACUACGCCGCCUCAGCGCACCCCAACAUAGUUUCUCUGUUAAGGAUUAUAGACGAUCCGGAAUGCACCUAUAUUGUUCUACAGUAUUGUCCAGAUGGAGAUCUCUUCUCGAAUAUUACCGAGAUGGGUCGGUUUGUGGUAAAUGACUAUCUCAUCCGAGCAACAUUUCUUCAACUCUUAAGCGCUGUACAACAUUGCCACAAAUUAGGGAUAUAUCACAGAGAUCUCAAGCCUGAAAAUAUACUUGUGGAUGGGACGCAAGUUUUUCUUGCCGACUUUGCUCUUUCCACAACAGAUUCAGAAUCAGAUGACCAUGGUUGCGGGUCCACAUUCUAUAUGAGUCCAGAAUGCUUCAAAAGUUCCGAAAUGUACCGAUGCGCUCCGAACGAUGUUUGGUCCCUGGGGGUCAUUUUGGUGAACUUGACAUGUGGCCGCAAUCCAUGGAAACAGGCUUCCCCUUUGGAUGCUAAUUAUCUAGCGUAUCUAGAGGACCGCAGUAUCUUGAAGUCUACCCUACCACUAUCGAACGAAUUAAAUGACAUCCUUGUCACGAUCUUUGAACCCGACGCCGAGGAACGCAUCACUACCGAAGAGCUUAUUACCGCCGUCACUACCUAUCCGACAUUCUCAAAGCCCUUGGUUACUCUUUGA